CAGAUCCUUGCAAAGAUGAAAUGUUUCUGUGCGGUUGUAGCUGGAACUCCUUACAGUGAGGUAAGGGAAACCAUGACCAUGGAUCCACAGCUGCUAGAAGAAGAUUACUCCUCAGGCGCGUUGCCAGAUGAUGAAGAUGUUGGUCGCAGCAGUUCUGAAAGCACCAUUGAUGAUGACUAUGAUUCAUCGGGGUCUGGUGAUGAAGAUGACUUUGUCCUGACUUCAACCAGCACAGUCAGUCUUGUGAGCUCUAGUGAUAACCAUAUCCCUGAAGACAGUGGGGAAAGGACAAAGGACAUGAACAAAAACACGAUGCAAGACAAUGAGAUCAUUCCUGGGGGAGUUGUGCCUCUUCAGGAGGAGAACCUGUCCAACAAGAUCUCCAUGGCCAGCACAGGCAGUAGCAGCAUCUUUGAAAGAACAGAAGUCCUUGCAGCUCUUAUUGCAGGUGGGGCAGUAGGGCUGCUGUUCGCCAUCUUCUUAAUCCUCCUUUUAGUCUAUCGCAUGAAGAAAAAGGAUGAGGGCAGCUAUGACCUGGGCAAGAAACCAAUCUACAAGAAAGCCCCUACAAAUGAAUUUUAUGCUUAAGC